UACUUCCGGUCCUGCGGGCUGUACGGCUGCUUCCACGCAGCUAGCAGCAGCAGUCAGAACAGCGGUGUGGCUGACUGUCGCUCCAGCUGUUCUCACCGCUGCCUGCCUCCCCGCCGCUGCUUGGCCUCAUUUCAUUUCUAAUGCAGCUGCGACGAUGACAGGCAUCGCCGCUGCGUCUUUCUUCUCCAACGCCUGUAGGUUCACCGGCUGCGGACUCCACUUUGACUCCCUGUGCGACCUCAUCGUGCACAUCGAGGACAGCCACAUCGAUACAGAUCCCUGUGUUCUGGAGAAGCAGGAGCAGCAGCAGCCCACAUAUGUCGCUCUCAGCUACAUUAACAGGUUCAUGACAGAUGCUGCAAGGAGAGACCAUGAUGGGCUCAAGAAGAAAGUUCAGCCCAAGCUGUCUCUGCCUCUGACAGGCAAUCUGUCACGCAGCGCCGUCCCGGCUCCACCCCGCCACACAGGUGGAAGCCUCACCCCUCCAGUCACUCCACCAAUCACCCCUUCCUCCUCCUUCCGCAGCAGCACCCCUACAGGAAGCGAGUGUGAUGAAGACGACGUGGACUUCGAGGGAUCUGACAGUGAUGAAUCGUGGACCACAGAGAGCGCCAUCAGCUCCAAGUCUAUCCUCAGUUCUGUGUGCAUGAACGGAGGAGAAGAGAAACCAUUUGCUUGCCCUGUUCCAGGAUGUAAAAAGAGAUAUAAGAACGUGAAUGGAAUAAAGUACCACGCAAAGAACGGCCACCGUACCCAGAUCAGGGUCCACAAACCUUUCAAGUGCAGGUGUGGGAAAAGCUACAAAACCUCUCAGGGUCUCCGCCACCACACCGUCAACCUCCACCCCCUGUGUCUCCACUGACUCGAUGCAGAAGAUGCAGCCGUUCAGGCGGAGGAAAUGAGCAGCGCCGUCUCUCAGGUCAUGUCAGCUGAACUCUCUGGUCACCAGCACUGCUUUCUCACUCCUCCCCUCGUUCUGCCCUACUGUUCUGUCAUUUUCACGAUUUAUGACACUAAGUUUUGAUCCCAUGACACAACUGUUACUUCAGCCAUGUCAAACCAUUAAAAAUGACCCCGAAAGAAGACAGUCCUGUACCAAAAACUACAGCUUGAAUCGUCAGAAAUCCUAGUCAAAGUAAUAUAAAUAAGAUUUGUUUUCCUUUUAUUUCAAAAUAAUGAAAACCUUUAUUUUUAACCUUUAUGUGAGAAUCCCAGGAUGAGUUUUUUGUAAACUCUACAUUGAUGUAUGAAUGCCGUGAUAUAGUUCUUGAUCACUUUUCCUUUUAAAAAAAUAAGCUGUUUUUAUGCACAAAAGGACCCAAGCACUUUUUUUAAGGAUGCCAAUAAAGUGAAAAGCUUUGCCAAGAUGUGAUUACAAGAUUAAACUGAGAAAACCGCAUGUUCCAUCUUCAUUCAGGGAUGUUUCGAUAUUUUAUGUAAUAAGAAUUUGAAUGAAAAUCAAAGUUUAAUACAGUUUUUAUGCUGGUAUUUUACUGACAUUUCAGUCAGUGGCUGGAUGCCAACUAAGCAAGCCUGAUUGAUUUAUGUUGUAAAAAAUUGUUUUAUUUAAACACACAGACAUUGGUUAUUCAGCAAUGUUGCACUCCUAUUGUCAUAUUCCAUCAGAAUAACAUUUACCCUUCAAUUUGUGCCAAAAAGACUUAUUUUAAUGGAAUGUUUCCUUAUUUUAUGUUUCUGGAAUCUGCAUGAGACAGUCAUAUUUCCCAGAUGGGAAUUCUUUUUUCAUUUUAUGUUAAAUCCUCAUAGGAAGUAUUGUAAACAAGUUGCAAAUGUUUGUCCGUAUUAUGCCGUCACUUUGGAGGAAAAUCUUCGAUAUAGUCUUCAGUGAAUGUACCGUCACGUGUUAAGUGCAUUAAAUCAAAGUAUUUUUAUAUUUUUCUGAAGCCAAAACUUAAAAGUGUAUAAAAACAAGAACAGAUGUACUGUAUUUACACAAAAAGCUGCUUCAUGUAAACUUUUGUAUUAUUUUUUUUCAAUAAAAAAACUUCUUCGGUUCA